GCGCGGUGCGGGCGGCAUGGAGGGCGGCCCGGUGCCGGUCGGCGGCCAGCAGCGCCGCUUGAGGCGGCGGCCGCGGCCCCGCGGCGGGGUGCAGCGCGACCUGCCCGCCGCCCACAUCGACUCCUUCAACUACGCCAUCAGCGAGGGGGUGUACCAAGCCCUGCAGGACAUCUCCCCGGUGGAGUUCGCCCUGAGGAACAGCCGCGUGUCGCUGGCCAUCGCCGGCGCCGCCAUCUCGCCGCCCAUGGUGCCGAAGGGGGCCGUGUGCCGGGAGGUGAAGGUGUACCCCGCCGAGUGCCGGGGGCUGCGCAGCACCUACCGCGGCAAGAUCACGGUUGACAUCAGCUGGUCAGUGAAUGGCAUUCCACAAGGGACUAUUAAACAUCCUGUGGGGUAUAUUCCAAUUAUGGUGAAGUCUAAAUUGUGCAGCCUCUAUAAUCUUUCUCCCCAAGAGCUCAUCCAGCACCAUGAGGAGGAAGAGGAAAUGGGAGGCUACUUCAUAAUUAAUGGCUUAGAAAAAGUUAUUAGAAUGCUGAUUAUGCCCAGGCGAAAUUUCCCUCUUGCAAUGACAAGACACAAGUGGAAAAACAGAGGCCCUGGCUUCACAGAGUAUGGAGUAGUGAUGCACUGUGUUAAGGAGGAGCACACUGCAAUAAAUAUGAACCUUCACUACUUGGAAAACGGUUGCGUCAUGUUGAACUUCAUUUUUCAGAAAGAGCUGUUCUUCCUUCCCUUGGGAUUUGCUCUUAAGGCAUUAGUUAAUUUCACAGACUACCAGAUUUUUAAAGAGCUGGUCAAAGAUAAGGAAAACGACACCUUUUAUGUGAACUGCGUUACUGAGAUGAUAAGAGCAGUAGCAGAUGCAGGCUGUUACACGCAGCAAAACGUCCUCGAAUACCUUGGAAAGAGCUUCAGAGUAAAACUGAACCUCCCAGAGUGGUACAGCAAUGAACAGGCUGCAGAUUUCAUUUUCAACAAGUGUAUCUGCAUACACCUAACAGACAGAACUGAAAAGUUCUACCUGCUUUGUAUGAUGACCCGAAAGCUGUAUGCUUUUGCCAAAGGGGAGUGCAUGGAGGAUAAUCCUGACAGUCUGAUGAAUCAAGAAGUGCUUACGCCAGGACAGCUUUACCUUAUGUUCUUAAAGGAGAGGCUUGAGAACUGGCUGCAAUCUGUUAGAUUUGUUUUGGAGAAGAGAACAGAAAAGGCAGAUAUCGACAUAAAUGCUGACAGCUUGAUGAAGGCAUUCAGCCUGACAGCAGAUGUUACCAAGGCAUUUGAGUAUCUUCUUGCAACUGGCAACCUGCGAUCUAAAACUGGCCUGGGCAUGUUACAGGACAGCGGUCUGUGUGUGGUGGGAGACAAGCUGAAUUUCGUUCGCUACCUUUCCCACUUCCGCUGCGUACACAGAGGCUCAGCGUUUGCCCAGAUGAGAACCACAACUGUACGCAAGCUGCUGCCCGAAUCCUGGGGGUUCCUGUGUCCGGUGGACACCCCUGAUGGAGAGCCCUGCGGUCUGAUGAACCACAUGACAGCUGUGUGUGAAAUAGUGACAGAGAUGGUGCCCGUGAGAGACCUUCCACCUUUGUUAUGUGCCCUAGGUGUUGUCCCCAUUGAUGCGACUCCAAGCAGGCCUUACGCUGAGUGUUACAGAGUGGUAUUGGAUGGUGCUGUGGUGGGCUGGGUGGAGUGUGACCUGGCUCCUCAGGUUGCAGAAGCCCUCCGGCGUUUCAAGAUAACUCAAGAGAAAAGAUUUCCUGCACGGGCAGAAGUGGUCCUUAUCCCAAUGACCGGAAAACCCAGUCUGUAUCCUGGCUUGUUCAUUUUUACUACCCCUUGCCGGAUGGUGCGGCCUGUCAAAAACCUGCUGUAUGGAAGGAAAGAAUGGAUUGGCACUCUGGAACAGAUCUUCAUGAACGUGGCCACCAUGGAGUCAGAGGUGGUUCCUGGAGUGACCACUCACCUGGAGCUCUUCCCUCACAGCAUUCUGAGUGUGGUGGCCAACCUCAUCCCCUUCUCCGAUCACAAUCAAAGUCCACGAAACAUGUACCAGUGCCAGAUGGGAAAGCAAACCAUGGGGUUUCCAGUUUAUAACUACAGGGACCGCUCAGAUAACAAGCUGUACCUCCUUCAUACUCCCCAGAGCCCUCUGGUGAGGCCCAGAAUGUAUGACUACUACAGCAUGGACAGCUACCCAGUCGGUACCAACUCAAUUGUGGCUGUCAUCUCCUACAGUGGCUAUGACAUGGAAGAUGCAAUGAUUGUGAACAAGUCUUCCUGGGAGAGAGGGUUCGCUUACGGAAGCGUUAUCAAGAUGGAGAGCAUUGACCUUUCCCUUAAAGCCAACAGGGGAGACGAUAAUUUGGUAUUUGGUAUCAGGCCUGGUGAUCCGAAUGUUGCAGAGAAGUUAGAUGCUGAUGGACUGCCUUUUAUUGGCUCCAUCCUACAGCCAGGGGACCCGUUCUACAGCUACAUGAACCUCAACACGGGGGAGGCCUUCACUGUGUACUAUCAGAAUAAGGAGGUGGGCAUUGUAGACAACAUCAAGUUAUGCAGUAACGACCGUGGCACCGGGAAAUUGAAGAAGGCUUGCAUCACCGUGAGAGUUCCCCGAAAUCCAACUGUCGGCGACAAAUUCGCCAGCCGUCACGGGCAGAAAGGCAUCCUGAGCCAGCUCUGGCCGGUUGAAGACAUGCCGUUCACGGAGAACGGGAUGGUUCCAGACAUCCUCUUCAACCCCCACGGGUUCCCCUCCCGUAUGACCAUCGGGAUGCUAAUCGAGAGCAUGGCGGGGAAGUCGGCAGCACUGCACGGUGUCUGCUACGACGCCACUCCCUUCACCUUCUCGGAGGAGGACUCGGCUCUGAAAUACUUCGGCGAGACUUUAGUGAGCGCGGGUUACAACUUCUUUGGGACGGAGAAGAUGUACAGCGGGAUCAGCGGCCUGGAGCUGGAGGCAGAGAUCUUCGUGGGAGUCGUGUACUACCAGCGCCUGCGCCACAUGGUCUCGGACAAGUUCCAGGUGAGGACAACGGGCCCUCGGGACUCUGUCACCAACCAGCCCAUCAAGGGAAGGAACGUGGAAGGUGGGAUUCGCUUCGGCGAGAUGGAGCGUGACGCACUGCUGGCCCACGGCACGUCCUUCUUGCUGCACGACCGCCUCUUCAGCUGCUCCGAUGGCUCCGAAGCCUACGUCUGCACGAGCUGCGGCAGCAUGCUCUCUCCUCUGCUGCAGCGGCCGCCGCCUUCCUCUGUGGCGAGCAACAGGAGGUAUUCCUGCUUGCUGUGUGGCAGGGUGGACACCAUCCAGGUUAUCCCGGUGCCCCACGUCUUCCGUUACUUCGUGGCAGAGCUGGCAGCCAUGAACAUCAAGCUAAGGCUGACGCUGGAGCAGUGAUUGUGCUGCGGGGAGGGAGGAAGCACGCGUUAGUCCUGCGUUUGCCCCCGGAGGGUUUCAAGCUUUAUGUCAGUUCUCAAGUUCUUAAAACGGUUGCAAGGUUAAUUUGAGGUUUGUAUUGAGAUGGGGCUGUCUUAGCAACUCGUGAAGCUGCAUCGAGAAGAAAUGCAGCUCCGCCGCCAUUUGUUUACCCUUCAUAAAGGAUCACUAGCUGUCGAGAUACGGUGUAUGGAAAUCAAGCAAUAUCAGUGCUCCCACCAGGAAAGUGUGGGGGGGGGUUCCUCGUUCUCUGAGCGCUGGCUGCAGCCACAAAGACAGAGAGGUCACAGAACAGCAUGAAGUGAAUGCUGGGACUAGACAGUGCGUUGCACUGUUCUGUAAUUCUUUAUUUUUAUUUUAUUUCUUGCAUUUGGCUGAAGAACAAAGUAGAUGGCUUUGCAGCCUGGCACCUACCUUGGCUCCAGCAGCUCUGCGGUGCUGGGGGAGCAGGCACAAGGCACAGGCUCCCCGUCUCGAGUCCCUGGAGGCAGCAGCACAAGUUUGAUGCCAGCCGCGUCUCCCAUGUUCGGGGAGAGCCGGGGUGGCGCUGGGACCUGCUCAGCCCCGCUGCUUGCGGUGAGGGCACAAAGGAGAAUUUUUCACUUGUUAAGAGUUCUUUAUAUGUUUC